GGAAUGAUCGCCUGCCGAUCGCCUGCUGUGCGUCUUGUCUCCUUCCUUAUCUAUCCAUCGCUAGCCGUCUUAGGCCUUGGUACAUCGUGCGACUAUACGAAGCUGGACGGAUCCAUCCUAUACUCAACGUAUAACCAUCACAGUUACACUACUACCGCGAGCCUUGAGUAUGGUGCAUGCUCUGCAGAUAAUGGCAGACGCCCUCUUCGUAUGUCGUUAACCGCGGAAGUAUGCACCCCGGAAGCGAGCAAGAGCAUGCUCAUCAUCGUCCUCUUUGGGUCAGGCAAAGGGUCGCGGGGCUAGCAUUCAUAUUGCAUGUGCUAAUUGCUACCACACAAGAGGCGCAGCCACCACCAGCUGCUUAAUUAAUAUUAUUAUUAAUAUUUACACGUGAGUUUAACUCGAUCUGCCACAGCUUCUUCAUACAGAAUACGGAGCGUUUAAACUGGCUCUGAGUCUCAGACAGUGAGGUAGAUUCGGAGUGUACGUCCGUCCUAAAUCUGAAACCGUUUCUACUUUCUGUAUACAUCUCUUUGCCUUUCCCUAUCGGUUUUAUUGGUGAAAAAGGCUACUAGAUAUCUCGCACUGACGAGACGUCUAUCUCAGAAUUCAUUCCCCAUGCGUUUCCCCACUUCUCAUUACAAAGAUGUGGGCAUGGGAGCUCUCUUGUUAGUCAUAACGUCAGGAAGUAGCAUCGGGACUAUCGCUUUGCAUUAGUCCUAUUUGCCUACAAAUGCAGGAUCAGGAGCCCAGUUAGUCUUGUCCAGUUUGGCAUGGCUCGGGUGGGGUCCACGUUGGAAAUUCGCAUUAUGUCAUUGAAGGCAAUAAUUAUACAACUAAGCAGCCAUUAACAUUAAC